AUGCUUGAUGUUGCUGCUAAAGUAGGGCUAGGAGUAAAGGGUCCUAGUGCUUAUGAAGUUUCUGAAGUAUAUUUGGGCAUGGAGCAUGAUGAAAUGACAGAAUGGAUAGGAUCAUUUAAGGAAAUUUGGGCAAAGAGAGGUGUAUCCAUCAUGUGUGAUGGUUGGAGCAGUCUAACUCGACAACACAUCAUCAACUUCUUAGUGUACUGCAAUAGAGGUACUAUAUUUCACAAAUCAAUUGAUGCCUCUAAUAUUGUUAGUAGGACUGUUGAAUAUUAUUUUGGGUUGUUAGAUAAAGUUGUUGAUGAAAUUGGAGAACAAUACAUUGUUCAAGUGGUAAUUGAUAAUGAACUUGCACUGAAAGCUGCCGGUAAAAUGUUAAUAAGAAAAAAGAAACAUUUAUAUUGGACAGCUUGUUCAGCACAUUGUAUCGAUCUCAUGCUAAAAGACAUAACCAAUAAGAAAAGUGUAGCAAAAGUGAUUGAAGAUGGUAAAACCAUCACCAAUUUCAUUUAUAAUAGUGAAUGGGUGUUCGAUUUAAUGAGAAAAUUCACUGGAGAUAGAGAAUUGAUUCGACUUGCCAUCACUCGAUUUGCUACAAAUUUUAUUGCCAUUGAGAGUAUUUUUAGAUAUAAACAACAAUUGAGAGCUAUGUUUAAUAGUGAUGAGUGGAAGAAUUCUAGAUGGGGGAAGGCAAAGACUGGGCAGCCUUACAAUGUGAAAAAAAUUAUUUUGGAAAAGGAGUUUUGGCAGAAAGCAACAUAG